UCAAUUAUAAUUCCACCAUUUUCAUUUUACUCUCUGCACAUUUCAUUCCUUAUUAUUUCUCUCUUCAGUCCCCAAUUCCACUUAAUUUGCGAUUAUGGCCACAAUCACAAAUUUCUUAGCCAAACAAGCCCCAUAUCUCACCCCCAUCACAAACACCACCCCUCAAUUUUCCUCCCUACAUUCAUCCAAAUCCAAAUCCAAAUCCAAACAAAAAUUCCCCAAUCUAGAAACCAAAAGCCGCCGGAAAUUCAGCACCGCCGUCUCCGUCUCCGCCGCCGCCGCGGCCUCUCCGGGUGCGGAGAAGUUGAAAAAAGGCGACGAGAGAGUGAAGCAAGUCCACACCGCCGACGAGUUCGACGAAGCCCUACGCGCCGCGAAGAACCGCCUGGUGGUGGUGGAGUUCGCCGCCAGCCACAGCGCGAAGAGCAGCAAGAUCUACCCGUUCAUGGUGGACCUCAGCCGCAACUGCAGCGACGUCGACUUCCUCCUGGUGAUGGGCGACGAAUCCGACGAGACGCGCCGCCUCUGCGCCCGGGAGAAAGUCGAGCAGGUCCCGCACUUCAGCUUCUACAAAUCCAUGGAGAAGAUCCACGAGGAGGAAGGGAUCGGCCCCGACGUACUCGCCGGAGACGUCCUCUACUACGGCGACAGCCACUCCGCCGUGCUCCAGAUCCACUCCGGCGAGGACGUGGAGAAGCUGAUCGGAGACCACAAAAUCGACGGCAAAUUGAUCGUCCUCGACGUCGGAUUGAAGCACUGCGGGCCGUGCGUGAAGGUAUACCCGACGGUGAUCAAGCUUUCCAGAUCGAUGGAGGAUACGGUGGUGUUCGCGCGGAUGAACGGAGAUGAAAACGACAGCUGUAUGAAGUUUUUGAAGGAUAUGGAAGUGGUGGAGGUGCCCACUUUUCUGUUCAUUAGAAAUGGUGAGAUUUGCGGGCGGUAUGUCGGGUCGGGUAAAGGCGAGCUUAUCGGCGAGAUUCUUAGAUACCAGGGUGUUCGGGUCACUUAUUAAAUUUUAAUUAUUUAAUUAAUUAAGUAUACAAAGUUAGAAUCAUUUGGAUAAUUUUUAUUUGAAUUUUAUUUUUUUGAUGGCCGUGUGGAUUAAUUUAUAUCAAACCAUCAUGAAGUAACUAUGUCAUUUGGUUCUUAAUUAACGAUUAUGUUUUUAUUA